CGGCAAUUCCACAAACGAGUUACAUUGCUAAACAUCCAACAGUUCCAAGUCGCUGAUGAAAUGUUUGAAUUUUUAAAAAUAUAAUUUGUAUGAACGUCUUUGGGGAUUCCUGUGCAUGGAACAAUGUGUUUAUUCCUAUUUGUUUUCGGUGUGGCCGCGAUUCAAAUAUCAAGCAUUUUUGUAGAUGUCAAGCACAGAGUAUUGAUGACAUUGAUGAGUCUGCCAUACUGUGUUAACCAAGGUAGUUCGUGUGUUUGGGACGUGACGAUUCCAGAACAGGACGUCCAAACUGAUCAUAUUAAAGAAAACUGGCGAAUAGACGAACCGAUGAUUGGUUUACAUUAUCUAAGGAUAAACGUGAAUAAAGCCUACGGCAGAAAAAGGUUUGCAACAUUUAUAUUUGGAUUAAUAAUCUUACACGACUCUUGUGAACCACACGUGACGAGUUCCUGGAUAGGAAGUUAUAGAUAUUCAAAAGAUGAUUUUGAACGCGAAGAGUUUCAGAAAACUACCUACGAUGCCUCGAGUACGGAACAUGUUUCUCAGAAACACAUGCCGAGAAUACCCGAUGAUAAGGUUGAUAGCCACUGGAGUGUUGUCGAUUUUGCAUUACAUAACGUAACAAAAUUGCCGUCGCGUUCAAUAGAUCUUGUCAGCUUUAUUCAACAAGCAAAUGAAACACGAAGCAAAAAGCAAACCACAGUCUUAGCAGAUAAAGGCUUAUGCAUGUCUGCAUGUCUUCAACGGGCAUACAAGACAUUAAUUGAUGCAAGAGCUUACACCUGCAAAACACUAUUGAAAGUUUUACACAUAUAUGUACCACCCAUAUGUGCAUUAACCGUCCCUUUGAAACGUCUUUCAUGUGAGGAAUUCUAUUUAUGUCCUCAUUACAAACGUCACGAUUAUAGGUUUGAACCCAGACAGAAUCUACAAUUCCGCAUGAUGAUAACUUUUCCAAAUGUAAUCGAUGUUUCAACGGCAUUAUCGUGCAUUAUAAAUGAGUGGAGAAUUAUUUUCAAACGAAAACUGCAUGAAUAUACAGUGCGAAACGCCAGUGGAGCACUUACAUCAACACUUUGUCAUAGAGAUGAAGUAAAACUGUUUAACCGAACAGAAACAUCAAACAGACGUUUUAAGACAAACAAUGCAAUAUUUUCACAUACAUUUCUUAAUUCUUUGACUCGAAUGUUGCAGUUUGCUUGUUGCACAUACGAUCGUCCCGCUGUGCCAGACCGAACAGCUGAUAUUUAUAUUUAUCAUAUACGUCUUAGCAUACUUGUAUAUGUAAUUUAUCUACGUUGUACAUGCAUAUGUUUAUGUGUACAGGUUUUAACUUUGUUACAAUUAAAUAUCCACCGAUUGUCACGACCAAAGCAAACAAAUCAUGGGAUUACUGUUUGCAUGUGCGAUACUGAAAUCCCAAUUAAGUUCUCGAUUGAGUCUUCUAGUUCAACUAAAAUUCAACCAUUGUAUGCAUGGAACAAACAAGGCUCCUUCAUCAAAGCAACUUCAUGUAAAACAUUCUCUCAAAAAGAUAACCCUGAAGAUACCUGCAAAAAAGAUGUCGAUUGUUGCUUUGAAGAAAAAAAUAAGCAUACUGAAAACGAUUUUCUUGCUACUAUGUUACGUCGAAAUACCUGGCUAUUAAGCCAUAAAAAAAUGUAUGGAUUGCCAACACCAAUCUGGGUAUUUCCAUUGAUUAGCCCGGUGAUUACGAUCAUCAACCGCCUGGCAGAAGGAAGCAGCGUGCAUCCCAAAGAGAGUAUGCGUCAUGAACUUCUUCGCCUGUGUACAUUUAGAACUUACCCAACGCACGGGAAACCGUCGUGUCUAAGGCUUGCUAAGGCCGGUUUCUAUUACGCUAGUCAAGGUGAUGAGGUUAUCUGCUAUUGCUGUGCCAAACGUAUCAGUAACUGGAACGAAAGGGACGAUCCGUUGCGCGCUCACAGACUUGUGUCCCCUGGCUGCCCUUUCCUGUUACGCAACUCUGAAGUCAACGAACCAGUCACAGACGACAGCAGCGAAAGUUCAAACCCUCGUCUUAAUAGGAUUUUACAAUCACUGGAUGAUUCAGAUGAGCCACCCGACAGACGGGGAACAGAGAAUGUUUCUGCAGCAAUACCGGACGUUUCAUCUUUAUCUGCUACAACAAGUUCUCGCACUACCGAGCAUGCUACUAAUGUACAGAAUGGUGUAAGUGGGUAUUCGGGCGAAUGUAGAUCGGGUCCUUUCACACAUGAAUUGACUGCCACUACUAAUCGGACUGUUGGUGAAUCUCAAUUAACAAGUGCACCUGUCCCACCAGCCAGAAGUUCCAUCCCUGCGGGAAGUUUUGCAUGUAGCAGUGCGACAGAGGCAUCUAUCGCUACGCCGAACGCUAGACGUGAAAUGGCGAUGCCUAUGAAAGCAGAAGGACGACAGCUACAGGGAGCCUCUAACAAUCGUUCGGAUGAAACACGAGAGAAACUCCUCAGUGAAAACCGCGCACUUAAAGCGCAGUCGAAAUGUCUUCGCUGCCGUAGAAACGACGUUUGUAUCGCGUUCCUGCCGUGCGGUCACCUGGUUUCCUGUGAGGCGUGCAGCACCGAUCCCAGUGCCCGGAAGUGCUUCUCAUGCGACGCAGCCGUGAAAGCCAGGAUCAAGGCGUUUAUUGCUUGAUUUGUUCAUAUAUUUGAACAUCAAGACAAGAGGUAGACAAAUCUCACGCGAUACCAUUCACCAUUUAAGAUAAAGUAUUAACCAGUAUAUUUUGAUAUCUGUGUUAGUACAAAAUUCAAUGUCCGAACGUCUGAUAAACGUCAAACGCUUACUUAUUUAUCUCUUUCUUAAGCGUUAUUCAAAACAAUGUCAUUAGCUAUUUUAGUUCACUUGAUCUAUUUCGCUUUUCAAAUAUAUAAUACGUUUUGACAUGUGUAAUAUACAUGCGUAAACCCGUUGGUCCAAAUAUUUCAAACAAAUUACCAAAAUCUUAAAUCAGAACUGAACUAAAGACACAAAUUAUGCUUGCUUUAAUACUUUAGUUUGAUUUUAAAGCUUAAACAUUAAGGCAUUAAUAUCUACCAGAUAACACAUUAAACGAGUACAGUUCAAUCAACUCUGCGGGAAAAUACACAACAGUAUGGUAUUUCAAGCAUAAAAUGUAUUUUUUUUAUUUUUUAGAAUCUAUGAUUGAUUAAAUAGUAUGUACAUUUGAACUUUCUUUCGAAAUAAUCGGUAUAAGUAGUUGAUAAAUAACGUAUCUUUAAACGAUGUGCUUUUAAAAUAUAUGUUAAAAAGACCAAAUGUUUUUAAACAAAUUUAAAGCAAAUGGCAUACAUUUGUUGGUACAGCGAAGCAAACCAAUCACGAAUUACCAUUUGACAAUAUGGUUAUAUAUCUCGGUACAUAUAAAGAAGUUGCUAUGUAUCGGUAUGUGAAUUAGUGAAAUUCUUACUCCCACAAUAGUCUUCAUGUAAGUCGAUUGUUGUAUAAAGCACAGUUACGUGUUAUUAUAAAUAUAUUUAAAGUAUUAACUACUCCUUAAUAUAUGUUUAUCCGCUCAAAUCGUGUGCGUUCACGGCUUAUAACUUGCAUAAGAAAUACGACACGUUUAAAGUAUUUCAAAAUUCUCUAUUUCAGUUGUAAUCAUAUUUUAAUAUGUAUGCAUGUAGAACUUACAUCCCGUUAAACCGUGUGACAUUAUCUGAUAAGAAAUAAGCACAUGUUAAUCAGUGCGUGAGAUACUACUACUUCAUUCAUAUUGACUUAUUGGGACACGUACGCAAAGAUCAGAUUAUUGAUUUCAAAUGUUCAUAUGUUGUUAGUUUAAAUAACUUGAUUGCUUCUAAAACAUAAAUAAAUUCGCUUGGGAUGCAAACUGUUGAACACAAAUGUCAGUAGGUUGUGUUUUAUUCAGUAUUAUAUUCAGUUGAUACAGAUUAUGAAAAUACUGUAUUUCUUUAAUGGCAUAAUCAAUUUGAUACUAGCGUGUUCACUUCAAUGUCAAAUGCUCCUGGCAACAAAGCAGGUCUGCGAGACAUACUGGUUACUUUUCUAAGAAAAAAUGGAAUCAACUGUUGACGAAAAUGCAAAUGUAUAAAAGCUGUUCGAUCGGUUGUUAGCACAAAUGUCUUAUAUUAAAGCCCACUUAUUUUACGUAUGGACUUAUUGUAAGUGAUUUGUUGAUUGAUGUAUCGAUAUUUUUUUGUUUGCUGAUUCUAUAUACAAUCGUGUAUUAAAAUCGUUUGUUAGCUCACUCGCAUGUGAAUAUUGUUCUAAUAUUUUGCAAUAAAUAGUCUUUCGUUUUUUUAUGUUUACUGAAAUGGUUGUAUUCUUCAUCAGUGGCUUUAUACGUUUAAAUAUUGUUUAUGUACUUAACUGUUUGUUUGUAUUAUUGUGAUGUCAAUUAUUAAAGAAAUGUUCUUGCAAUUCGAUGUUAUUACGACACAGUUACUUUUAUUACUUUUAUGGCAUAAUAUAUGAUAUGUACACAUAAUAGUUUGACAAUGUUAAAAUUACAUCGCAAAAGUGCGCCAUUUUCAGAAAUUUGCGUCUGUCAAUAAAUACAUAAAUAUUUAAAAUCAAGAUUGACUCCCAUAAAGGUAAUAAUAAUACCUUUGGUUAUCAUAAGUAAAACAUAAUAAAAGAGGUGAUUACUAUUCCCAAAUUUCUCAUUUAAUUAUGUUGAUGAUUUAUAUUACCUUCCGCAGAGCGACUAUUUGACGUUUGUCUUGGACUGGACGCAUAGGGGUUGAAUUGUUGCAUCCAAUAUGACAUCCAUACGCUUGUUUUUUUUCCAAUCACGUUGGAUAAAAUUAUGUUUUGGACAAUAGUUCAUAUAGUUUGUAUCUUUAAUUUAUAAUAUUUUUCUUUUUCCUUGAAUUAUUGCUGUGCACUUUGGAUAUACUAUUAUAGGUUAAAUUAAUUUGUUAGGUCCAUAUUUAUAUGUAAAGCUGCUGUAAAUGUAAAAAUUGUAAAAUAAAGAAUUAUAAAAUAAGACUCUCUUUGAAAUGAGGAUUAAAAUUUAGUUCAGAUGG